CACCGCGGCAAAUCCAAAAAGACAGUGGACAAGAACAGCAACGAGUACCGCGUGCGCCGGGAGCGCAACAACAUCGCGGUGCGCAAGAGCCGGGACAAGGCCAAGCAACGCAACGUGGAGACGCAGCAGAAGGUGCUGGAGCUCACCACCGACAACGAGCGGCUGCGGAAGCGGGUGGAGCAGCUCAGCCGGGAGCUGGAGACUCUGCGGGGCAUCUUCAGGCAGCUGCCCGAAAGCUCGCUGGUGAAGGCCAUGGGCAGCUGCGCCUAGCCGGGCCCUCCUGCUGCUCCGUGCGCUCCGAGCGGUGCCGGAGCGGGCUCAGAUUGCGGGG